UGUGUGUAUAUAGAAAUACCAAAUGGCAGCCUUAACGUUUGUCUCUGCCUGCUGUCUCUUAACGUCUUCUGUACUAUCUAUCUGCUCCAACAGGCAGAAUCCAUACAUCUGAAAAAAACCAUCAAACGUCUAAAAAUGUCAACACUUUUAUUUGAAAGAUAUCAAUAUGAAUCAUGACCUAGUGGAAAUGUUCAGAGAGAAACUAGACAGCUUCACCAUCUCAGAUUACCAUGGCCUGAACAGUCCAGGUCUGACAUGCUAUUUGAACAGCGUGCUUCAGGUGCUUUUCAUGACCGAGGACUUCCGGGAGGCUGUGAAACGAUGCUGCAGUAAAGAUUCAACAACCAUUGACACACAGCUGAAAAUACUUUUUGCUGUUCUCCAGAGAAGUAUGGCCAAAACGCAUAACGUCCUAAACAAACUGGGGAUCACCAACGUAUAUGAGCAACGUGAUGCUGCAGAGUAUUUUGAGAGGAUCCUGUGUUGGACCAGUCCGGAGUCAGCCAAGAUAUUCAAGGGAGAGCUGAAUUACAAGACCGAAUGCCUCAGGUGCAAAGAGAGGAACGAUUCCAGGAGCUCUUUUUGGUUUCUGCCACUUGCAGUGGAAGAUUUGCUCCCUCAAACCUACAGCGUGGAGGAAGGGUUAAAAGCAUUCUUCAAGGGAGAAAAAGUCUGCGGGGACAACAAGAUGUUCUGCAACCGGUGCAAUAAAAAGCGAGAUGCAGACUUGGGAUGUGAGAUAACACACAAUCCAGAGAUUCUGACCCUCCUGCUGAAAAGAUUCAGCUUUGACUACAAGCGCAGGUGUUACGUCAAGCUUCACUGCAACGUGGACGUCCCCCAAACUUUACACAUAAAGAGUUGCAAAUACGACCUCUACGCUAUAGUUAACCACUUUGGUAAUCUAACUGGAGGCCAUUAUACUGCACAUAUCAAAUCUUUUGAAACUCACGUGUGGUAUCACUUCAAUGACGACAUUGUUAACAGGGUCAAACAACCACUGUUUGGGGCUGGAGACAAGCCUUUAAGGUCUUAUACAGUUUACCUCCUCAUGUACAGGAAAGUGAGCAAAGACCCUGAAAAACCUGAUGAAGUCAACCGGGAGGCUCUCUGCCUACAUUCAGAUGUUGAGGCUGAAAUGAGACAUGAUAAGGCAGAGAGAGGAGAUGCUCUCGUUCCUCAUCAUCAAAUGAAAGAUGAAAGCUGCAAUGGAGGCGGAAAGAUUAAGCAUUUGAAUGACAAGAUAUUAAAGAAGAUUUGCGCUGAUACCGUUUUGAAGAAACCUACCAGCCUUUCUGGGGAAUUGGAAAAACAGCCUAGCCAGAGAGCAAUAUGUUUGAGGACACAUAAAGAGAGUUUUCUUUAUACAGACACUGGAGCAGAUGGAGACAGUUUGCAAACAAAAAGGACACAUUUUGAAAUGCCAAAAAAAGAUGGAAGACCAAAAAGUCACGAGCCAAUCAGACAGCAAUUUGAUGCAAACUCAGAGGAGCACAUGUGGAAUCUGAAAACCAGAGGGACCCCCACAACACACCAGUUAGGCUGUAUGUCAGAGCAAAACCAUUCAUCCCCAAAUAAAAGACUAUCCAGGAAAACACAGAACAAUAUUGUUGCAGAAACUAGGACAAGUAUGACUGACAGUACAAGAAAUAUCACCAAACCUGUAGAAACUACAGAUGUAAAAAACAAAAGGGCAGCAGUAGCAGAGGUAAAAAAAGAAGGAUUUAGUCCUAAACAGAAAAGAGGCCUUGGUAUGUGUGCAAAAAUGUGUGAUGCUGAUAUGAAUUCAUUUCAUGUUUCCUCCAAUGGCUACUCUUCUUCUUCUGUUCCAUACGUGACAGGGAACUUGCAAGGCCAGUUUAAAACGAAAGAUCUAACAGAGUAUAAUUAUCCACCAAACCUCUGCAGAAAACCAACCAGUUCAAAGAGAAACAAAGAGAGAAUGCACCAUGCUGUAACCGCAGACAGCAGCUGCCAACAGGACCCCAAGCUAACUGUGAAAAAGGAAGAACAGACUGCAAGUCCUAGAGAGAGAAAAAAGGCUCCAAAGAGCAGGGACAACACAAAAAGAGAGCCAUGGAAGUAAAGAAUAUCAGACUGAGUAAUACCUAAAGAAAUGUUAAAAAUGUGUCAUCAUGUAUGUAGGGUACUUUGUUGGAUAUUAAACAACUUAUCCAGUA